CGGGUCGCGGCGGCACGAGUCACGUGGUCCUGCGGUCACGUGGAAAGGGCGACUCACGCUCCGCAGGGGCCUGGAGCCCUGUGCGCCUGCGCAGUGCCGGGCGCUCGCUGGUUCGCGGGUCAGGAUUGGGACCCGCUGCGGGGAGCGCACCGGGCUGCGGCUGCUGCUCGGUCUCUAGUCUGCGGCCGGGCCACGGAAGCUCGCGUGCUCCGUGCAUCACUCUUCUCGUCCGGCCGAGAGGUUGGGUUAUGGUAAUGUCAGCCAGACUUCUCAGAGCCCUGGCUGGAUCUCGCCAUAUUUUGUCAAAAGCAUGUCAGUGCCAAGGACUUAUUCAUCGAAUGUUAAAGCCACUUAACGAAUUUGAGACUGCAGCACGCACAGCCCUGACAAGCAAUCAGAACUUGGAUUUGUUCUUUCCUGACACAGCAGCUGGUGGUUUGAAUAAGUCUCAGGUCCUGCAGAUGAACCAGAAAAUAUCAAAUACAAACGUACUCCCUCCAUUCAACACUGCAUGUUGCCAGGAUGGAAAAGCUCACCUUCCAACCAGGAACUCCGUCAGUACUCACAGGAAAGUAACUCACAAACCAAAUCUGCUAGGUUCUAAAUGGUUUAUAAAAAUAUUAAGGAGACAUUCCUCAUCUGUGUCCACGGAAACAGUUUCUAAACAAGACUUUCCACAAAUCAAGAGACCACUGAAAGCUUCGAGGACCAGGCAGCCGUCUAGGACCAAUCUUCCAGUCCUGCCUGUGAACGAGGACCUGAUGCAAUGUACUGCGUUUGCAACUGCAGAUGAGUAUCAUCUUGGAAGGCUCUCUCAAGAUCUGACGUCCCAUGGAUACAUCGAAGUGACCAGCUUGCCUCGAGAUGCAGCAAACAUUCUGGUGAUGGGUGUGGAAAAUUCUGCAAAAGAAGGUGAUCCUGGUACAAUAUUCUUCUUCAGGGAAGGAGCUGCUGUGUUCUGGAAUGUGAAAGACCAAACUAUGAAGCAGGUGAUGCAGGUUCUAGAAAAACAUGAAAUUCAGCCCUAUGAAAUUGCAUUGGUUCACUGGGAAAAUGAAGAGCUUAACUACACAAAAACAGAGGGGCAGUCAAAACUUCACAGAGGGGAAAUCCGGUUAAAUUCAGAGCUGGAUUUAGACGACGCCAUUCUAGAGAAAUUUGCUUUCUCAAAUGCCCUUUGCCUCUCAGUGAAACUUGCUAUCUGGGAAGCAUCACUGGAUAAAUUUGUUGAAUCUAUUCAGUCGAUUCCAGAGGCUUUAAAAGCUGGGAAGAAAGUGAAACUAUCUCAUGAAGAAGUUAUGCAGAAAAUGGGUGAACUCUUUGCCCUAAGACACCGUAUAAACUUGAGUUCAGACUUCUUGAUCGCUCCUGAUUUCUACUGGGACAGAGAAAAUCUGGAAGAACUUUAUGAUAAAACUUGUCGGUUCCUCAGCAUUGCUCGUAGAGUUAAGGUCAUGAAUGAAAAGCUUCAGCACUGCAUGGAGCUAACAGAUCUGAUGCGGAAUCACCUGACGGAGAAGAGGACACUCCGCCUGGAGUGGAUGAUUGUCAUCCUUAUUACUAUAGAGGUGCUGUUUGAACUGGGACGAGUAUUUUUUCUGAUUAAGUGAUGACCAAAGGAAAAGUAUGGUUGCAAGAGACACUCGAGUUCUGCAAUCAAACAUUAAGUAUCAUCUGCUGAGAUGCCUUUUAAUAGGUAUUUUUUCUUAAAUCAAGGAAUUGUUACAAUGAUCUUUUUCAGUUUCUAGUAUUGCUGCUUGAAUAAAAACUAUGAAGAACCCAGCAUCUGGGUCUAUAACACUGAUAAUUUGAAAGGAUGUUCAUGUUAUGUAUUUUAAAGAACUUUGGAUAAUCUUGGUAUCUGGGAAAUUUGGGCAUUGCUCCUAACCUACCCCCAGGGAGUCCCAAUCUUGGCCCUAAGAAAACAUAACAAAAACUCCAGUUCUGAAAUACAGAAGACAGGCUUUAAUGGCAGAAAUUAACUUUGCAUCCUGUUUUUAUGUGGCAUAAUGAGUCUGCUCACUGGCACUUUCAUUAAUCCGUACUUUCCAUCCUUUCACUACCAACUUAGUCAAAAUAUCCCUCCCACAGAGGAACUUUUUCUCACACACGUUAGGGGAAUUUAAAAUACCAGGUACAAAGAUUUUAAUACUUACAUGCUAUCGAACUGAUAAAGUCCUUUUUAUCUUCAGCUUAUUUUUAUGCAUGUUCCCCCUGCCCUACUACCCUCUCCAUCACAUGAAUGGUUUUUUUGUUAUAUACAUAUCCAGAGUAUUAAUGUUCUAAAUUGGGACACCGUCACUUUACAGCUUAACUGCUACACAGUAUGCAACCAAGAUUUAUUUGCUGGAAUAGUGCAGAGUUGCCUAUCCUGGUGUGUCUCAGGGCACUGCAGGUAUCAGUCUUGAGUACCACCAGGUGCCUAUGCCAGGGGUACCCAAGGACUUUCCAAGCAACACGUGGGCAUAGAUAGCUCAAGAACUGCUUUCUAGAUCAAGUUCCACACAUAAGUACGUUCAUAAAAAUGUUCCGCCUAUGCUCACACCUCUAAGUUUAUCGAGCCUGCUCUCCAUUUUGCCAUCUCACAAUGUACAGAAGGCAUCUCACCCAUCUUCAUUUUAGUUUGAUCCACUGUAUUUUAAAACCUUUAAGUAUAUUUAACCUGCAUUUAAGGACUUCCCUAGUGGCUCAGCAGUAAAGAACCCACCUGCAAUGCAGGAGACGUGGGUUUAAUCCUGGGUCAGGAAAGAUCCCGGAAGUAAGGAGAUGGCAACCCACUCCAGUAUUCUUGCCUGGAAAAUGCCAUGGACAGAGGAGCCUGGUGGGCUACAGUCCAUGGUGUUGCAGGAGUGUGGACAGGACUUAAGUGAUUAAACCAUCAUCAUAAACCUGCAUUUAAAAAUUCUUUAGAAAGCCAAACAAGGUAUUUUUGAAAAAACAUUGAUUGGGUUAUCUCUAUACUCCUUGUUUCAAUCGAAAUACAAAAUACUAAAAUGGUUUGUUUCAAAUGUUAAGUCUUAUAAGAGAUUCAUUUCCAUGUAACCAUAGAGACAGACAGAUACUAGGAGGAAGAGAGAGAAUGUAGAAACUGUUUAUGCUUGCCCUAUGUCAUUUUUUAAAAUAAACUCAUGAUUUCACUGAAAAAAAAAAAAAGCCAAACAAGGACAAUUUGAAAUACUGGUCAACAGAACUUUCUUUAAUGGAAACCAUGUUAUCCAUCCCUCCAUCCCCCGUUAAGAGGACACUUUCAAUAAAAACUUUCCCUUAAGUA